AGUUGUCUCCAAAACCCUGGGAGACCUGGAUGGAUCCAGCCCAGAGCGCGGGUCUCGCUGCGAGCCCUGGCACAGCAGGCAGUGAGCUGAGCUCUGCUUUGCGUGGCACUGCUGGGCAGGGCGGCUUUUGCACGGCGCUGCUAGUAGACAAAUUACAGCCCUGCCUCUGUCCAGGUAGAUAAGAGACCAUGUGAUGCAGCGGGGUGGAAAACGGGCUGCAGGAGGGUAAAGGUGCACAGGGAAAUAACCUUGCAGGUUCCCUCCCUCUUCGGGCAGCCAGUCCACGCCAAACCACCUUAGCCUGGAUGCUUGCGAGGUUUUGGGGCUGCCGGAGACCCACGAGAAGCAGUGAUGUCUUUCAGCAGGAGGAAUUGGUCUGACCUCUCCAGCCUGGCCAGGCAGAGGACACUUGAAGAUGAAGAGGAGCAGCAAAGGGAGCGCCGGCGGAGGCACCGCAGCCUGCUGUCCUCCUCAUCCGUGGAUGAAGACCACCCCAGCCCUGGGAAGGACCCCAGCCCCGCUCCCAGCAGGCCCCAGGCCCCGGUGAAGCCGAUGGCUCCUGAGGAGGGCGAGGAGCGUAAGCUGACAGAGGUGCUGAGGACAAAAGAAGGGAGACGGAUGAGGUCACCAAUGGCAGUGUCUGAGAAACCAAAGCAGGAGAAGGAGCAGCAGGAGGCAGGAAUGAAGCCACACGAGGGGCAGGAGAGCAUCACGGCUACAGAGCGGGGUCAGGAUACAGCCCCAGCCCCAGCAGGAGAGCAGCACCCAGUGCAGAGCCAUGAGAGGAAGGUGACAGCAAGAGGACGGCUGCAGGACAGAGAGGGAUCGAGCGUGGGGACACAGAGGGGAGAGCAGAGGAGGGAGGAGGAGCAGCAGCGAGUGGCUCCAGAGCUGGGGGGCUGCCGGCUGCGCGAGGUGAAGAUCCUGACCCGGACCAGGAGCUCCAGCACGGAGGAGAAGGCGGCCUCAGAGGGGACCUCACCUCCAGCCCAGCAGAAACCAUCCAGGAAUCCCUCAAAGGAGGGAAUGCAGCCGCCUCCCAGCCAGGAGGAACCUACAGAAAAGCGGGAUGCCCCUCCAGCUCCUGCCACCUACAGCACCUCCAUCAGAAGAAGCAGCCCACGAACGGUCUCCUUUCGGGUGAUCUCAAACAAACAGAAAGAAGAAAGUGAGAGUCCUCUCGCAAGAAGUGCAAGCAUGAGGAUCCCAGGCAGCAGCAGCAGCAUUGAGGAGAAGCUGGAAAAGUACACAUCAGCUGUGCAGCGCUCGGGCUCAGUGAGAUCUUCCCUGACUGUCCAGAAGAGCCUGAUGCUGACUUCAGAGGGGGUGGCCAGCAAACGCAACUUCUUCGAGGCCAGCGCUCCCAGCAAGGCAGAGCCGCUCACUGCCAGGAAGGAUAACCUGAAGAUCCCGGGAUCGGUGACAUCGCGCAUUAACCUGUGGAUCAGCCGAACUCAGGAGCCUGCCAAGGAGGAAAAGAGCAAGGACAUCAGGAAGAUCAACAGCCUGCCAAGGCGUGACGGCUGGGUGAAGCAGCCCAGAGAAACCCCUGCAGACCCCGAGUUGUAACAAUGCCAUGCACAACAUUAUCAGAUGAUAAAAACUGUUCUGCUCUGAAGAUCAAAGCCUGGCCCUGCCCUGCCGUCCAGCAGCCCAUAGUGCCGAUGAGUCCCCACUGCCACCUGCGGGUGGAACGGUGUGGCCCCGGGUUCUCCGCUUGUGGGCUGGAAAGGAAGAAGGCUGGAAGUCCGUCCCUGCAUCCACUCUCCUCGCUCGCUGCCUGGCCAGGAUUACCCAGACCUGGAGGCUCCCUGCAGACUCUGAGCAGACCCUUGCCUUGCUUUCCUACAGCAUUGUGGUGUCCUGCUCCCAUUCCCUGGCUGUGCCCCAUAACUGCGCUUGCUGAAGGGAUCUGCCCAUCCCUGCCCCUUGCAGCCGGAUCGUGUCAGCAGUGAGGCUGCACAUCUAUAAACUGUGCCCAGCCCCAUGUGUGGGGCGAGGUGGGGGGCAGGGAGAUGUCACCCCUCCCCAGGGCUGGCCCAACCAAAGGCAAAGGCCGUAAAGUGUGUGUGCCACUAUCGUAGCCUGGAGACCCCAAA